AGAUAUUAUUAACAUACUCUUUAUCUCCAGUAAACACCAGCAACUGUGUCAGUAAUCACUGACCAUGCUCUUAUGCAGAGCGGGCUACUGCAGCUGGACCCCUCCCGAACCGCGCCAGGUCCCGGCCCUGUUCUACUGCUCUGCCCGCCACAACACAGGGAGGUCCGGGUGUCCUGUCUCAUCCGGCACCAUGAGGGACUACUCCACUCCCGCCGAUGGAGGAGCCUGCAUGUCCUGCUGCCAAGUUUGCGUCUUCGCUGUUACCGCACUCCUCAUUGUCGCAGAGAGGACGGCGCUGAUCUACUGCUUUGUUUACUAUUUGUGGAUUGGUCACAACUACUGCUAUGCUCAUCUGGCUGGAUUGACUGCACUGCUCCUGCUGCCAGGAUGGGGUCCACAGUGGCUCAGCUAUCUUUGGUACCUGUCAGACGGUCGUAUUCGCAGGAAAUCUCUUACUUGGACACACAUACUACACCUUGGUAUCUUCAAGAGGCUGUGGGAGUGCAUGCGUCUUCCGGACAUUGAUGCUUAUGGAGAAAUCAUGCAGCAGGCGGAUGUAUCAGCUUUGCGUCUGUUUGAAGCUCUUGUGGUCACCCUACCACAGACGCUGCUGCAGACCUAUGUCCUCAUCUGCACCGAUAUUGGCAUCAAGUCUCCAACCUCCGUGUGCUUUGCAGUGUGUGUGCUGUCUCUAGCCUGGGCGUUGGUCCUUUAUGCCAGAGCGUGUUCUCUGAUCAGACCUGGACACCUUCACAUGACUCCUGCUGCCAUCCUGUGUCGCCUGCUCUGGAGGGUCGGAAUGCUGGGGUCCCGCUUUGCUGUCCUCAUGCUUUUCACACGAAUCUUCAAACAGUGGAUUUUAGGAGUUAUUGGGGUCCACUGGCUUGGUGCGACUUUUUGGAUGGUUUCCCAGCAGACAGACAUUAUACGAUCCACUGCUCGAUGGAGAGUGUUCAAUGUUGUUUUGGGAGCCAUCCAUGUCUUCCUUUUCCUCAAUGUGAAGUAUGGCCAGUCAAGAUAUCGCAUGGCUGGAUUCUAUUUGGUAAUGUUUUUGGAAAAUGCCUUCCUUCUUCUGGCUUCUUCUUGGUUGUUUACAAUGGUGUCAUGGGAUACAGUUGGCAUACCUGCUGCAAUCUUCUGCAGCUUCCUCAUUGGAGUUAUAGCUUUAGUCCUAUACUAUCGUUUCCUUCACCCAAAGUCCUUCGAGAUCUUUCAGAGUAUUCGUCACAGAGGAAUAGGUGGAGCCUGCAUGGAACGUGGCUCUUCACUCACUCUCAAUGAGAAAGAUCCAGCUUCUUACCACCGACAAGCUACACUCUCUGGUGGUGGGACCCUGAUGGACCUCCCUCAUCAAUGGGAGGGCUGGAGACAUCAUCACUGGCUGCUCAUUCGCUUGGCCUUAAAAACUGGAGACGUACCCAGGAUAUGGUCAGCAUAUGGUGAGGGGGGUCUGGCGGGACUCAUGGGUCUCUCGGAAGAAAUCCAUUCACCGGAUCAACAUCAUGUCCCCCGGGUUUAUCCUAUUCAGCCCCAUGUUCCUGUUGUUCGCCCACCACCCCCACCACAACAAGUGGAGGCACCACAACCUCAAGAAAUUGUCCAGCUGCCUAAGCCAGCUCCCAGCACUGUAAUAGCCAGACCAGUGAGACAGACUCCUCCGACAACGAUCCAGGAUAUCAGAAAAUUUCCAGAGAUUAUUCCAGUCCAAGAGGCAAUUCCAGAAGAGUCUGCAGAAGAUGAGUCCAGCGCUGCUCCAUCAGAAAGAGGUGAAGAUGACUUUCAAAGUGCUGCCUAUGGCUCAGUUACGCCUUCCUCUCCUCGUGCUGGGAGCCUGCAUCAUGGUGACAGUAACGCAGCUCUGACUGAGGCCUCCUCCUCUGUGGCUUCUCUGGACAUCAAGACUCCAGGAUGGUCCCCAGAACGCCGCUCUCCACUCCUGCUCACUUCUCCAGAGAGAAAGCCAAUCUUCCCAGUUGACACCACGCUAUACUUCAGUGCAGACGCACAGUCGCCCUCCAGUGGGAGCUAUCUGGGCUGGGGAUCUGAGCUGUCCCCGAUCUCCAGCUACAGGAGUCCAUACAGGAUUAGGGAGGCGCGUUUUGUUACAUCCACCCCACGAGCGGAGCCAAGACCUGGGACGGAAAGCCCUUCUCCAGUUGUAGUCAUCCCAGCCACCCCAGGAACCACCCCUGGGGUAACUCCAUGUGGGACUCCUGGUACAUCGACUCCUGUGGCUUCAACUCCGGGUGCUAGUACCCCUGGCACUCCCAUAGUGCCCCUCACACCAGUCAUCUCACAUGCCCGAAAACAGAUUGUUCAGUUCGUGGAUAGUCGAGAAAGAAUGGUGUAAAAAAAACAAGGUGACAGAUAAUCGAGCUUAAUGUUUUAAGUUAAUGAAUUUUUAUAUUUGGCAGUUUGUGAUUUUAAAAUUAUCAGUUUAUAUUUCAAUUAAUACUAUAUCAGUAGCUAUUUUAAUUUUGCUACAAAAAUCUAAGUAAAAAGUAUUACACAGGCCUGUAUGAAGCUUAUAAUGCAGAAUUUGAUUGUAUCUUUUGGAAUUCAUUGAUGACAAAAUGCAAUCAAUGUAGAUUAUUUCAUGUAAACAAUUCAAACAAAGCUGUAAAGACCUGCUUUAAAAUACAAGCAUUUUAUUUAAAGUUGAAGUUGACAACCUGAAAGUUACAGUCUAUGGGAUUAUCAAAGAGAUUUCUCUGAAGAGAUCUUAGUAUUAUUUUAGUGUAAUGAGCAUUAAUGUAAAUGGAACAUAAAAACUGAAAGCAUGCUUGCAUAAUACUUUGGUGAAAAGCCACACUUUGAAAACAUGCUCAUCAGAUAGGUUUUAUCUAACCACUUAUCCAGUCACAGAUUAGCGUUUACAUAUAUGAACUCAUCUUUACACUGAUGGUAUGUUACAGUUAUCAAAUCUCUCCUCACACUGCACUUUAUAAUUUUAUUUAAUUUUUUUCGUAGAACUAUGGUACAUGCCAUACAGAAAGAGAAUAUAGACAUUAUUACUAGAAAUAAUUAAGAAAAUAUACAUUACUGUUAUAGCUAAAUAUUUAUAUACAUGCUUAAAGUUUAUAAUAAAUAAGUGUAUACAUACAUACAAAUAAACACAAAGUGUAAAAGGUAUAGAAAUGACCCUUUUCUAUGUAUUUUUGUUUUGGAUGGUAGUUUUAUUCACAAAAUGUACUGUAUACAGCAAAGGGACUGCAAAUGUAAAAUAUUUACAAUACUGUCAAAAUGAUCUUCCUUGAAUGUUUGUUUUUCUAUGAUUGAUAUUGUUUUUGUAUGGCCUUAUUGUCAUUGUGUGUUGUUGCCAUCAUACUCACAAAAUCAAAGGAGAUACAUGUUUUACUGGUGCUGCCUCAUAAAUGUGCACUGUGAUUGCUGAUAGUCACUGCAUGCUGCAAUUGGAGUUACUGCCAGAUUCACAUGAUCUCUACCCCACACACGCAACACAUUCUAAAACGUAAUAUGCAGCUUAAUGUAGCUUCCAAAAGUAAAAGUUGUGGCUCUGUUUCCGCAUAUUGUCCUGUGACUUCAACAACUUUCAUUUUAUUUUAAAUAUGAUUAUUAUACACUCAUUUAUAUUGGCAUUCAGUCUUGAUAACUGGUUUAGGGUUAGACAGUCUGAUGUGUCCAGUGUGAAAUAUGGCACAUUGUCUGCAAAUUUACUAUGGACUCUUCUUUAACCACUUGACUCAAUUCAAUUUUUGGAUCUACUGGUUCACUAACUGUGCUAUAAUGAAUCAAU